AUGGAAUUAGCACAAAGGGAAUCUUCCAGUCCGAGACGAUCGAACGGCAAACUAACACCGCUCGAUACUGUCCCAGAGGACGAUGUGAGUAGACCAGGGAAUGGGAAUACCUGUCGGGAAGGUAUGUCUGACGACAUCGACAUUAACGAAAAUGAAAGCCCUUCGGAAAGAGACAUUAUCCAAGACAACACAUGUGGAAAAUCAAGAGAUGGACUAUGUAAUGCCUUUCGUGACAGACUGCGGAGGAUUCGAGGAAACUGGUUACAUUCCUCAGUCAGCCCCACCACGAAUGAAGUCACUGUUUAUGUUAAAGGAGAGAAGGAAUACGCUGCAAACAUUCCUCUACCUCUGAAAGAAGACAAUAAUGAGGAAACCCUCCCCAACAGCAUUGCUUCACCACGUAUACAAAGAGGGUGUUUCUUUGUGCCUUUCAUUUCUAUCAUUCUUGUUGUUAUCUUUAUCAUGUCGGCUACAAGCUUAACUUUGGUGAUAAUGAUCAUAAAUGGCAAAAUUGUUGCAACAGAGGAUGGAGCUGCAAGCCUAGCUAAAGGUAUUUAUUAGUUGAUGAAUACUUUUUUCAAAUUAAUCAGUAUUACGUAAACGUACCACAAUUUUCUAGCUUCGACUGUCUCUCUUGUAACAUACAUGUACAUUCAAAACUUAAUGCCGAAGAGCAAGACUAAACUUAACUGUUUUGAAAAUUUCUCAACUUAUCCAAACAUUUUCUUGUUCACUGUAUCGCGACCGGCGUUCGCAUAGAGGAAAUCCAGGGAUAAUUUCAGUUUCAGGAAUGUUUAUGUUCAAAUGCAACCGGCGGAGAUCAGCUUUUGCUUUAUUAGUCAAUUACCAACCGUCAAAUGUUAUCAUAUAUUUUCGUCAAACGGAAAUGCCUACUGCUAAAGUUAAGUGCGCGGAACAUGGAUCGAUUUAA